AUGUUCUUCGACAUGCCGACGCCCCUGAACCACCACACCAUGGUGACACUUACCGCAGGCCUGCGCGAGGUGACGCUGCUGGAUCCAUCCGGCGCGACGCGGGACUUCUCCUUCAGGCCACUGGUGGCGUGCCUCUCUGAGAAGAGGCUGGCCCAACUCUUCGUCUUAGUGCUCCUGGAGCGCAAGGUGGUGCUGACCUCAAAGGAGCUCAGCCACGCCUUGCUGGCAGCUGUGCUUGAAGUGCUUCGAGCGCUGAUCUUCCCCUUUGAAUGGGAACACACCUACAUUCCGAUCCUGCCUGCGAGCCUGCGAUGGACUCUCGAGAGCCCGGCCCCCUUUCUGAUGGGCGUGCCCGGCGGGGUGUCGGCUCCGGAGCUCCCGGAGGAUGUUGUACUUUUUGACUUGGACACUGGGAGAACCAUCCCAGACAAGCCGCAGACGCCCACCAUCCCGAAGUACUUGGAGCAGUGCAUGGCACGGUUGCGAACAGCGCACCAAUGGGAGCAAAGGGAUCCCAACAAGGACUAUUGGAAGAAGUUUCAUACCGUCCGCUUUGCAAUCGGCAAAGCCCGGCACCCUUCCAGCGAGACGAAGGCGCCCGAGUCGCCAUCCUCCUCGCGGGGACGGCAUAGGCGGAGCCUGAGCUCCACCAGCUGCGACAGCGCUGAAGAGAGCGAGGGCGCGCUGUCCUUGCACAGCUCUGGGCUGCUGAGCGGCUCUUUGGGGCCGGUCUGGAGUGAAGAUCAAGAGCGCGGCUUCAGACAGAAGGUUUCGUCGCUCUUUUUGGAGGCCAUGAUCUUGCUCCUCCACAGGAGCGAGGCAAUCUCGGACAGAGCGCCUCCCAGCCAAGAUCCCGAGGACAAGGCAACCAGUGCCUUGUUAGAGGACUUGGCCCGCACCAACGCCUGGGAGCGCUUCGUGGCCUUGCCUGCGAGCAGCCCCAGGAGGCAGCUCUUCGAUCAGGCUGUGGGCCUCUUUCGGUUCUGGUCCCAGGAGCCGCCAGACAGUCGCAAGCCUUUCGUGGAAACUCUGCGGGACUGGAUCACUCGCUUAUACGAGCCUCCACGCUUGGUUUGCAUGAAUGAAGCUGCCCCGCUGCCAUCGUGCGACCUGCAGCCGCAGACACCGGUGCGAAAGCUUCUCCAGCAGCGGCUCUUCUCCAUGAGGCCGAAGCGCUCGCGCUUCGAGCCCGUGGGCAGCCUGCGCCUGGCAGAGUUGGCGGAGGAGGUUGCUGCUGCAAGCCCGGGCAGCCCGGAGGACAGCGAUGACGAAGGCUGCGUGGGGCUACCGAGGUCCUUGCGACUGCGGAUUCCUGAGUUCGUCAGCGUACGCAGCACCCCCGAUGAGAAGGAGCUCAGCUCCCGGCACCUGCCCGAGAGCGCCGCGCGGCUCUUUGCGGCGGCGAUGCCGCCGGCACUCCUGGAGCUGCAGGAGCUUCGCGAACUGGCCCAGCAAGGCGACUUCCCGAAAGACUUUUCGUGGAUCGAUGGCUCGGCUUUGAGUCAGAAGGCGAAGCAGGAGAAUCUGCGGCCCCGUUUGCCCCAUUUCUUGGCGCACCUGGUCAUGGGCGAGCUUCAGCCGGCACCCAUGGGGGAAGAGGCGCCAGCGACAGCCCCUCACGCCGAGCUUGCUGCCACUUGCAGUGUGCACGGCCUGCGUGAGGUCCGCACGCGCUGCGGUUGCGGCUGGUUUGGCUCCUUCUGGGAUGCCCUUGCAGCGAUGAUCCUCAGCACACGUCGGAGGGAAGAGCUCAGCUACUGCUGCGUGCGUUGCAACCACUGCGGGGCGGAGCAGGAGCCGGUUUUCACCCUGCGCAAGCGCCUGCCUCGAGCGGUCAUCGACCGCAGCACCAGCGAGCUGAGCCUGAACGUGCAGGGGGAUGCGCAGGGGCAGAUCCAGCUUCUGACCUUGGAGGAGUGCCUGCGGCGCAUCCAGGACAGGCACCUCGCAGACCUCCGCACUGAGGAGGAGCUCUUGGAAGAGGACCCCCAGGUCUACUGGUGCCUGCAGGUCUUCUUUGGCCUGCGGAGUGAGGUCUUCUGGCGCCGUGGACGUUGCAGCGCCGUGCGCCUUUCCUCGACAUCCUUCCAGACACUCUGCAGGAGCUACAUCUCACCGGAGCAGCGGCAGAAGGGAAUCGAGGAGCACCGGAAGCACUCGGAAUCGUUCCCAGGCGCGAUACUCUCCGACUCGAGAGGUGGCAAUGCCAAUAUCUCCAGCAAGGCCGCUGUGAUGCUGCCGUGCGGGCUCGAGAGACAGGUCUCGGAGGAGUUGGGACUUGGCGAGCUCUGCCACAAAGUUUCGUCCCGGAGACACGCAGGCUCUGACGUGGCCGGCCCGCUACCCUCACCGCACGGGGAUCUGGAGGGAGAUUCCCGAGGUAGCUUCCGCCUCGAACGCCUGAGUGGCCGGCGCACCACGCUGGUGAACUUGGACGACAUCCCCGAGGCGUUAGCGCAUCGGCAAGCUGGCGAUGAGAGCGACGUGUCCUCCCCAUCUGCGAGAGGUGACGACGCCUCGCCCGAGGAUGUGCAAGUGCCGGAAGUGUCCUUUGUGCAUCUCUGCGUCGAGGCCCAGGCGGCUCCCCGGUUGGUGCCACGCCCGCCUGCGGUGCAUCGGCGGCUGGAAGGCGACUGGUCCGAGGCGGCGGACGAGACUCCUUCGACGUCAAAGGAGGCACCGAAGCCACGCGUCCGGCCCAAGGUGCGGCCGCAGCCCAGACGAAACGCAUCGCCAAAGCGCAAGCCCAUUGCAAAGGAGCAGAAAUCCGCAGCCGCCGUGUCCAGGGCAGAGCUGAACAUGGCCGACAAUCUCGUGACUUGGGAACUUCAGCGCAGCGACACGCAAUGGAGCACAGCUCUGGUGGCCGUCGUUAGCGAUAUUUACGCACCCAAAACUUGCCAGGAUCAUUCCGACCGGGAAACUGGGAAGCCAACCAAUUACUUGACAGAGAGGCGAAGUUGGCAGGUCGAAGAGGGUGGGGGCCUCGGCCAUGUAAGUGAGAUGUACCCCGGCAAAAUCAUGCCACCGCUUGUGAAGAACGAGCCUGGCAUAAAGCCAGACCCAGUCGGCCAAGCUGCCUUUUGGCAAAGUGAUGCCACAGCCUGUGAAGAAGGAGGCUUGCGUGCUGCCAGAUGCAGCUUCUUUGCCUUCAGGCUUGGCCCAGCCGGUUGGGAAUCCCGACAAGCCUCUUGUUUCGUUCCCUACGGAACAGGAGGUCAAAUCAGAAAGCUCUCUGGAGGUGGUAGCCGUCGCCAAGACGAAGAAGAGGGCGAAGAGAAGAUGCAGACGAAAGGGCUCAGAGAAGCAGUUCGAACUGCCCCGUUUCCCAGGAAAGAACAACUUGCCUGGGCCCACAUCGCGAUGCCCCACGUGCAAGAGACCGGUGGAACUGUUUUUCUCGCGCAGAACUUCGAAGUGGCUCAUCUGCUUUGGUGCACUCGCAGAAUCGACGGAAAGUACUGCACCUUCCACAAGUACUGGCCUGACAACAACCACUUGCUCUGGCACUACUUAGAUUUCAGCGACUCCUAG